ACUGAUAUAUUAUUACACACCACACCACACGCCACGAGGCCUGCCUGCUUUUUCCCUCUCUCUCUCCCAACACUUUUGCAUUCUUUCUCUCUCAACUCUCUUCUCCAAUCCAAACAAGCCCAGAUUCUAUUACUUAUUAUUAUUUGUAUGGCAGCUGCUAAUUCGCAGAGUCGUGGUCUCGCGAGCUUGGGCAAACGAUUAGUUGGGCAGAUCCGCUCUCGUCCUCUUCUUCUCAGCAGCAGGAGUGUACACGUUUCCGCCUACGACAAGAACCCGGAGGACAACAUCAACCCAACUGUGGUCCCGGACCAUGUAAUCCCAGCACAGCCUGAGGAGUACUGGGCUCCUCACCCGCAGACCGGGGUGUUCGGUCCUGCAAGUGAAGAUAAGCCUGGUGCAAGCGUGCAUGCUAAUGGUAGUGAUAGUGGUAGGGCGGAGUCGGUGCUGGAGGAGAAAGCCUUCUUCCGCCCUCUGGAGGACUUGGACAAGCCACCAGUUGAGCCUUGACUCUUGAGAGAGAGAGAGAGAGCUACAUCCACUCUGUGCCCCCCCUAAUUUCUAUAAAUAAGUGUGGUGUGGUGUCUUUAUGAUAUAAAUAAAGAGUUAGAGGAGUAGAAUAACAAUCAUCAUUAUUAUUAAUUAAUGAUCAUAUGUAAGUUUUGUGAGGGGGGAAGAAGUUGCUUUGUUAAAUGAUGAUGUGGUUGGAUGCCUUGCAUAUGAUGUACGGAUACAUUUUGUUAUUUUUCUUCUUUCUUGUGUCCUUGGGGACAACCUUUAUCAUCUGUCUU